AUGCUUAAAGCGAUGCGCAUGUAUAAAUCAACGUGCUAUGGAGUCAUUUUCGUGUUGUUUGCUUUCGCCUCUGCCUGGGAUCCCGUUGUUGAUUGCCCUGAUAGCGAGAAACGUGCUGAGGUCCAGCCAAUCAAGGUUGUUGAUGGCUCAAUCACAUUUGACACAACAUUAGCCAGUACAUUUCUGAUACCUCAUGAGGCAUCAUAUAUCACUACUGCAGUUUUCGGACUGGGACCUCCCUCAACGUACACCGUUGCACCGCAGGGAACACCGCCGGUUGGGACUGUCAUUAAGAGAACUCCUCUAACCACAAUCACUUCAAUCAUCUCAUCACUGAAAACCGCGCGGACACGGACACUGACUCCUGAUCAGCCUGGUGAUCCGACUACUGUUGUCAUUGAAGAGCCUGAGUAUAGAACUCGAAUAGAAGGCGUUGAAAUUGAUCACACAAGGACCGUCCAAGUGGGCGUUCCAGGCGGUCCAGGCGAUCCCGAGACAAUCACGGUUGGUCGAGAUUAUUACACCACUAUCACAGAGAAAGGCAGCAACGGAGACCCUGUCACUAAGGUCGUUCACGUCGACGACCGAACGACAAUUGAUGUAGGGCGAACUACCAUAACUCAAACAAGAGACAUCCAGUCUCCUGUCACGAGGACAAUCCAGCCAGAUAGUUCCGGCGGCGUUAGCACCAUUGUUAUUGAAGUACCAAAGUCUACGCCUGCAUAUACAACAGUCACCCGCACUGGAACCGUGACUACCCCUGUGACGUCGACACAGCCUGCACUUAGCUCAGGAGGUACUGGUACUGUCUUCAUAAUUCUACCUUCAGACCCUGUUCCGUAUGCAACCAUCACUCGUGUCGGAACAGGAACCUCGACGACCACAUCCACGCAGCCACCCAAACACCCUGGAGAGGCUGGGAUUGUCUAUGUAGAUAUACCUGAGCCGCUGGGCAGAUAUAACACUGUCACGAGGUUCGGGACUGGCUCGGCUCCAAGGACUUUUACUCAGACUCCAAAUGGGCCUGGUCGCGAUGGUGAAGUGGUCGUCGAAAUCCCAAUCACCGACGCGGACUACAACACUAUCACCCAAGUGGGAACUGUUACAGCGCCGGUGACUAGAACGAUUCCUCCAAGCAGCCCAGACGGCACAGGCGUGAUUAUAAUCGAGGUCCCUCCUGCACGCUGGGCUACCGUGUCUCAUAUUGGCUCUGUAACGAGACCCGUAACCCACACCAUAUCUCCAACCCGCGCAGGGGACGCCUGGAGUGUUAUUGUGGAAUUACCCCCUGUCAACACUCGUCUCAUCUACACCACUCGAUAUGGAGAGGUGGGCAGCGCUUCGACCACUACUCGGUUUCCAGACGGCUCCUCUAACACAGCCUGGGUUAUCGUUGACCUCCCUAACCCUAUGACAACUACGAUCCGUGGCGGUGACAUCGAAUCUCCUAUGACUAUUACACAGGAGCCUGCAAAUCCAGGCGAAACAGGCGUUGUGCUUAUAAUAACGCCAUACAAGUAUAUAACCACGACGAGAACGUGGACUGGAUCCGAAGCAACUACAAUUACACAAAAGCCUUCUGAUCCGAAUGAAGAAGGAACUAUUAUUGUACAAGUCCCAGCUGACACGGUGACUGAUGUUACGGUAACUAGUCAAUGGAUGGGAUCAGUUACUCGUUCCUCAACUGUCCCUCCCUCGGAUCCAGUGGUCCCCCCAGAUGUUACUCCUUUUGUUACUGUCACCGAAUAUUGGACAGGUUCCACCAAACAAACGGAAACAUUUCCUCCAUCCGCUUCUGGUGCUUCGGGGACGGUCCUUAUACAAAUUCCUGAAGAUUCUCUGCACUACGUUACCACCAGCGAGUGGUGGACAGGAUCAACAAGAAGAACCAUAACUAUACCUCCGUCUGAGGCUGGGGGCACCGGUACUAAGAAAGUAUUAUUCCCAACUGCUGCUAUUCGCUACAUUGAUACUAGCAGUGUCUGGACCGGAUCGACAACACGUGAGUGGACAGAAUAUCCAGCGGGUCCUGGAGAGACUGGAGUCAUUCACCAUGAUGUUCCAGCCAUGCGUUAUGUCACUGUGACAAAUUAUGGCCCAGGUUCUAGCACCCGAACCUACACACAAGAGCACUCUGGCUCUGGUAUCACGGAUACCAUUGUGGUUGAGUUGCCAUGGAUCACCUCCUGGACCACUAUUACCAGCACUGGGACUGAUUCGAUGAGUCGUACAUCUACGCAAAUGCCAUCUGGCUCCGGCAGGCUGGGUACGAUUCUAGUUGAGAUACCGCCUACUGCUAUCGCUUGGACCACAACAACGAUAACAGGAAGUGACACUGUCACUCAGACUGUUUCUCAGACGCCUGGACCGGGCAAGACAGGUACGGUGGUAGUAAUAGUCCCGCCUGCUAUCGACCAUUACAUUACCAAGACGAUCGCGGGUACAGGAACCGGAACCAUUACGAGGACUCAAACUCCAACUGAGCCUGGCGCUACAGGGACUGUGAUAAUUGAAGAGCCUGCUGCUGCUGUUAAGUAUGUCACUUUGACAAGCAGAUGGACAGGCAGCGCAAUCAGCACCAGUACAAAGCAACCAGACUCGCCUAAUGAUCAGACCAGAACUGUAAUUAUAUUUGUACCCCCAAGCGUCACGCCCUAUGUUACAACAACCUCUUUCGACUACACAAUCUCUGUGCCAUAUACUACUACCGUGUCACCGACGCGCGAUGGUCAGACUGGCUCAGUUAUCGUGGUAAAAACCGUGGUUUACGUUACAACAACUCGCUAUGGAAGUGUGUUAGCUACGAGCACUCAAACUCCUGGGAAUCCUGAGGAGACUUGGACGGUGGUCAUCGAGAGGCCGCAGCCAUUCACGACAAUCACCCGCUGGGCCGCCACUAUCUCUGCUCCCUCAACAACAACGGAGAGUCCUCAAAACCCGGGCGAGCCUGUUACUGUUCUUGUAAGUCUUCCAGAGACUUUCACAACAGUAACCCGCUGGGCAUUUACUGUAUCAGUUCCUUUCACAACAACGCAGGCCCCUCAAAAGCCUGGGGAUCCAAUUACCGUCGUUGUCAAUUUCAAGCAACCUGUCACGACGAUAACCAGCUGGGAACCUGCCAUCACAGCUCCCUCAACAACGACAUGGAUGCCUCAAGUCACUGGGGAUCCAAUCAGCGUAAUCAUAUUCUCGCCGCAGCUUUAUACCACAAUAACCCGGUGGGCAACAGUCUCAGUUCCCACAACAGUCACGCAAACCCCUCAGAGCCCUGGCGACCCGAUUACGAUCAUAGUGAGUUUGCAACAGCCUUACAUAACUUCCACACAAUACGGUAGAGUUACCAUAGGUACGACGAGAACCCUCACAGCGGCAACGCUCGGUCAACCAAUCACCAUUCUCGCGGAUCUCCCUCAGGCGUAUUUUACAACCACUCGUUACGGAAGUGUUUCUCUUCGCAGUAUCACGACUCAGAUGCCAACCGUUGAAGGAGGGUUAGCGUCUGUAAUCGUAGACCUACCGCAACCAUAUACAACAAUAACUCGUUGGGAACCUACCAUCUCGGUCCCCAUAACAGCUACGCAAAGCCCCCAGAACCCGGGAGACCCGAUCAGUGUGAUCGUCGAGCUGCCCCAAGCUUAUACAACGAUAACCAGCUGGGGAGGUGUCUCAGUACCGUCAACAGUAACACAAGUGCCUCAGAGCCUGGGGGGGACAAUCACCAUUCUCAUAAAGUCCCCACAAUCUUACAUUACCACGACUCGUUAUGGCAGUGUUAGUAUGGGCGAGACAGCCACAGAGACAGCCACUAGACUGGGUGAACCAUAUGUCGUCGUGGUCAAAGUACCUUACACGACAGUCACGGUUACUACAAUUUACUCAGGCACAUCUGUCUUGACAGGGCCAACAGCAAUCUCGACGAUCGCCGCCUCUGGAUCUAUUCCUGGUACAGUCAUCAUCGCGACAGCUGCACCACAACUCAUCACGAUUACCAGAUUGUAUACUGGCACUGCAGUUAUCAAUGCACCAACUACAGUCACUACAAUUCCUAACUCUGGGACAGUUCCAGGUACAGUGAUCAUAGAGACCCCUCAGUCUUAUGUCACCACGACUCGAUAUGGAAGUGUAUCAGCCAGCACCAUGACUACAGAGUUGCCUGUGAGCGCAGAUGGAACAGCUCUGGUUAUAAUUGACUUACCUCAGCCAUAUACAACAAUAACUAGUUGGGGAGGUGUCUCGGUUCCCUCAACGAUAACGCAAACACUUCAGAGCCUCGGAGAAGUUAUCACGGUAAUUGAGCACCUUCCUCAGCCUUACACCACAACAACAAGAUGGGGUAGCGUGACAAUUAGCAGUAUUACUACCAAGUCUGCGUCUGUUGAAGGUCAAGAAGAAACUGUGAUUAUCGAUCUGCCACAGCCAUAUACAACUGUGACUAGGUACGGCAGCGUCACGGCGAGCAGUGUCACGACCCAGAUGCCAACACUUGAUGGAGAGACUGCAACUGUUAUCAUCGACCUCGCCCAGCCUUACACAACCGUGACGAGAUAUGGAAGCGUCACAGCCAGCAGCAUUACAACGCAGAUGCCUACGGUUGAUGGAGAGUAUGCUUCUGUCUUCAUAUAUCUCCCGCAACCAUAUGCGACGAUCUAUAGAUAUGGAGGAGUGACGGUAAGUAGUAUUACGACACAAAUGCCAACGGCUGAGGGAGAGGUAGCUUCAGUCUACAUCGACCUUCCUCAGCCUUAUGUAACCACCACUCGGUAUGGAAGUGUGUCAGUCAGCUCUAUUACCACUCUGAACCCUGCAAGUUUAGGAGGGACAGCAACAGUGAUAGUCGACCUAGCCCAGCCUUACACAACCCUAACUAGGUAUGGAAGCGUUACAGCAAGCGCCAUCACGACGCAGAUGCCUACGGUUGAAGGGGAUGUUGCUUCAGUCUAUAUUGAUCUCCCUCAGCCAUAUACGACGAUCUAUAGGUACGGAGGCGUGACAGCUAGCGAGACUACUACCGAAACAGGCGCAAUGCCUGGCGGUACAGAUACUGUCUACAUAGACAUUCCAUUCUCUACAACGACAAUCACCGAACUCUAUACCGGAGCAUUGUCCAUUACGGGGGCUAUAGCUGUCUCGACCAUUCCUGCAUCUGGAUCGGUUCCGGCUACCAUCGUCAUGGCCACCCCGCCUGUCUUUUCAACACGGUUCUAUACUGGAGCAAGUCCGAUUUCUGGUCCAGUCACUGUAAUUACUCUAUACGGGUCUGGGAGUGAUCCUGCUACUGUCGUGGUUGAGACACCGCCAGUGACCAUAACCCAACGAUACUCCGGCUCUUCGACUGUCACCUUGACUACAAUUACACCGACUGGAACGGAGGAUGGAACCGUCGUGAUCGGGAUUCCCUCACCUCAACCUGUCACUAGCUAUCGUCAAUACUCGGGGACCUCUCCAGUCAGCGCUGCUGUCACCGUGACAACUCUUCAGCCCUCAGAUCCUGACGAUCCGGCAACUAUUGUUAUCGAGACACCCCUUGUAACCAUCACGCGGCCAUAUACAGGCACAGAGGUCUUGUCUGGUCAAACGACUGUGACUACUAUCUCGGGUACGGUGGUCGUCGAGACGCCUCCAGUCUAUCUAACACGAUUCUAUACUGGAUCAAAUGCUAUCACGGGGCCAACUACGGUUUCAACGAUCUCCCCUUCGGGCGAUCAUCCUGGCACAAUCAUCGUUGAGACUCCUCCCAUCACAAUCACCAGAUUCUACACAGGUACAGAGAUACUCUCAGCUCCUACAACUGUCACCACAAUCACUCCAACGGGUACGGAGCAGGGGACGGUGAUCGUCGAGACACCUCCUAUUACAAGCACGAGGUUUUACACAGGCACGGAGACCUUGUCUGGUCCGGUGACGAUAACUACAAUUACACCAACAGGAACAGAAGCUGGCGUCGUUAUAGUUGAGAAGCCGCCUGUAAGAGUCACCCGGUUCUAUACUGGUACAUCAGUGAUUUCCGGCCAAAUAACUGUCACCACUAUCGUUCCGACUGGUACCGAGGACGGCACUAUUAUCUAUGAGACACCGCCGAUUACAGUGACCCAGUUCUACACAGGAACAGAUGUAAUCACUGGGCCUUUGAUACUCACAACAAUAACACCGACCGGAACUGAAGCAGGGACAGUUAUCGUGGCUACGCCGCCAGUAACUAUCACUGUAUUCUAUACUGGGACAGAUGUUUUGACUGGCGUAACCACUGUUACAACAAUAACACCAACAGGAACCGAAGCAGGGACUGUGAUCGUAGCGACACCGCCAGUGACCAUCACUCAACGUUAUUCCGGGACUUCUGUUCUAUCUGGUCCGCUGACUCUGACCACUGUGACACCUACCGGUACCGAGGCAGGGACUGUGAUCAUUGCUACACCGCCGCCGGCGACUGUGACGAGCACGCGACGAUAUACUGGCACUUCAAGUUUGAGCGGCGCAAUCACUGUGACCACCCUUCAACCGACUGGCACGAACGAUGGGCCGACCGUUGUUGUCGAAACGCCUGCACCGCAGCCAUCCACCAGCUAUCGGCAGUACUCAGGAACAUCCAGCAUCAAUGCAGCCAGAGCCGUGACGACUUAUCCGCCAACAGGCACAGACGAUGGAGGUAUCGUGGUCGUGGAGACACCAGCACCACCUCCAGCUUUCAGCUGUGAUGAAGGCGGAUACUUGAUCCAAGUCCGAACUCUCUACAGGCUCAACCUGGUCACAGGAGUCAAUUCUCUGGUGGCACAGAAUGUUGGGCCUGGAGCCCCUUCAGGUACAACCAACGGUGGAACCAUCAAUCCUAUUGGCUACAAUAUCAAGGAUAAUCUCAUUUAUGGAAUUGUCCAGAUUGCAACUGGAAAAAGCCAAGUCAUUCGGAUUGGUUCCACUGGAUCGUAUACGCUGAUGAACACCUUCAUUGAUGGAACAUGGAACACUGGCGAUGUAGAUUCUGAUGGCAUUUUCUGGAUCUCAACAUAUGGAAAGGCGUGGGCGAAGAUUGAUGUGAACCCAACAUCGGCAACCUACGGCAAGGUUCUUGAACAAGGAACCGCAACGUCCGCAAAUAACUGUGCUGACUGGGUAUCUGUACCUGGAGGAGGCCGCUAUCUAUAUGCUCUUCAGGGAAAUACAUCAAAGACAGUCCUGGCAAGAUGGAGCCUCGACACGAAAACUUGGGAAGUGAUCAAAGACUUCGGUCAUAUCGCAGGUGACAACCUUUGGGGAGCGGCUUAUUCGGUUGGUAAUAAGCUCAUGUAUGCUUCGGAAAAUACGUCUGGAGUCAUUUACCGAUUCAACGUUGAGACUGGGGCGAAAUCUCUUGUAAUUAAUGGGCCGAAGACAUCACAAAAUGAUGGAGCGCGUUGUGUCAACGCUUCACCUCUCACAUAG